AGCUUGUAAUUUGUCAUUGUCUAGUGUCAAAAUCAUGAAAAUGGGGUUUGUUUUAUCAUGUAUCCCUGCAUAGGUUCUAAAAAAAUUGGUUAAAAUAAGUAUUCCAUCCAAGCUAUGUUACAAAUAUUUAUGGGAGAUUUUUAAUGUUUCCAACUAUUUAUAAUCAAUAGAGUAAUAUUUACGUACGCCCCCGCUAUGGCCAGCUCUCUUUGUAAAACAUCAGUGCUUCGAAUUUACAAAGAAGUUAUAGAAGAUGUGAUUUCUGGAGUUCGGGAAUUAUUUGUCGAAGAUGGAGUCGAUGAACAGGUGCUUCAAGAGCUUCGCCACACGUGGGAAACAAAAUUAACGGCCAGCAAGGCUAUACAAAAUGAACCUCCAUCUGAAGAGAAACCAAAGAAGCAGGACAUGGUUUCCAAUGGAUUUGCAAAGACUUCUCAGCAAUUACCCCAUCAACAGGCACAGGCCUUGGCUCCUGCACCAGCUUCAGCCUCAAUACAGUCUGUGGUAGAGACUAAAAUGGUACCAAUUCAGAUUACCUUACCACCACAACCUGGCAGUGAUGGGGGACAGAGAGUGCUUACAAUACAGGUGCCAGCAACUGCUCUGCAAGGUAAUCAACUCCAGAAAGUUCUCACUGGCCCAGUUAUCACUGCUACUAUGGGUCUUCCCCCAGCAAUAGCCUCUUCACUUUUACAGCAGCACGUUAAUGCUGCUUUCAAUAGCCAACAGCAGACUACAGUAAUUAGCAGAACUGGACCUGUACAGCUUGAUGGUACUUUCCAAGAUGAUAGUGGUGAUAACCAUGUAAAAAUUGAAGUUGCCCUAUCCAGUAGAAGUACUAAAAAGAAAUCUUCUAGAAAACCUGAACUACCUUCCUUUUUAAACAGUGCCUCAGCUUUUCAUAGUUCUUUUCAUCAAGUAGAUGGUUCCAUGGAUACUUCGGAUGAAGGAUCUGAGGGCUCAGAUGAUGAGCAAGACGAUCUUGAUGAUUUGGACGAUGAUAAAGAUGAAGAGGAGCGUGAUGAAGGUGAUGGAAUUGAUGAAGGAGGAGAAGAGGAACCUCUCAAUUCUGAAGAUGAUGUCUCAGAUGAAGAUCCUACAGACCUCUUUGAUACUGAUAACAUUGUAGUUUGUCAGUAUGAUAAAAUUAUUAGAAACAGGAAUAAGUGGAAGUUUUAUUUGAAAGACGGCAUCAUGAAUUUAAAUACUGUUGAUUAUGUGUUCCAGAAGGCAAAUGGAGAUGCUGAGUGGUAAUCAAUAUAGACUGGAGUAUAAAGCUUAAAAGUAAAUAGCUGGGUGAUUUUGUGAAUGGUUGUUUUGAGAUGUAUAACUGACAUUAUUAUUUGCUGAAUAAUGGCCCAGCAGUUCAGUAGCUGCUACUAGCUUGUAUAUAUCCAUGUGUAAUGAUUUCGUUGUUAUUCUAUUGUAUCCGUUUUCUUUGUUACCCUUUUUUAGUGGUUUAUUAUGACUACCUUGACUUUAGUUGUUUUAAAAAGCCAGAACCAAACUAAAAACUAACCAUUAUUAUAACAAAUUGUCUUUGAUAAAUAGUGGACUGCUGUUAUUUUUCCAUCAUAACCCAGGACACCUGAUUUCGGAUAAACUUAAAGUCUGCAUAAUACUCAUCAUAUACAGGAGAACUUAAAAUAAGUUAAUAAAAAUCAAGAUAUGCUAUAAGAUUAUUUAAAAAAAAAACAAAUAUUUAAAGAUAAAAGUUGUUAAUUUCGACCGUAUUUAAUAGGAUAUAUAGCAGAUUUUUUAAGGAGUUUGUAUAAAAAAUAUUUGUUAUUGUUUUUUUUUUAUAAAAAUCUUUAAAUAUGUACACAACUUAAGUUUCUGAAAUCCUAUAAACACUUAUAGAAAUUGGAAAGAAUGGGGUAUUUUGCAGAUUGUUGUCCCAUAAUCUAUACUAUUUUUAAACACAAAAGGUGGGAAAAUAUAUACUGUUCUGUUAAAUAAAAGUAUUGAAAAUAAUCUAAUUCUAUUAUCUUUUUUCAUUGGAAAUGUGGCAAUAACUUUCUGUUAUUUACGUUUUCAUGUACUUUAACCAUACCAAGCAGUAGUUGCAAAUUGUAAAGUUUUAUUUGAGUGGUGAGCAAAUCUGUGGUUAAUAAAGUAAUAAACUGUAUUUAUUUAA